CCACAAUGACCGAUUACAACAAGCUCGCUGAGCAGGCCGAGGCCGACCUCAACACCUAUCAGUCCAAGACGGGCAACGCCCGACCUCAGGGCCUGGACGACGCGGGCGUCAACUCCAUGGCUGCGAAGAAGUUUGGCUCGGCCGAGGUCAACUACGGCGACGAGCUGAGCACGAAUCGAGGCUUCAACAAGCGCAUCCCCCCCAGCGAAGGUGGCGCCUUGGACGAUCGCGGGCGACAAACUCGCGGCGAGCACUUUGAGGGCGCAGGCGGCCCGUUGGACAAGAUCGCGCAGUCGUACGAGCGCCAGCCCAUGCAAAACGACAACUACGUCGUCCCGGCGCGGGUGCCCCAAGUCUCCGGCACGGGCGGCGUCGACGACAUCGCGACACGGGGCGCGCAGGCUUCGCGCGCAAACGUCGGGAGCAACCCACCCGGGCCCGGCGGCCAAAAGUAUACGGGCGCCGACUACUACACGCCUGAGAGCGUGCCUGACAGCAUCUCGGCCGAGGGGUGGGUGGCGCCAGAGAGCGUGACGGAGGCGAGCAAGGAGACGGAAGGUUUGCGGUAGACGAAUGUAGCGCCGGGGGUAUUGGAGGAAUGCGGCUUGUCUGAUGCGAGUCUUGCAAUGCAUCUUGUCGGUCC